AUGCUCUUCCAGAAGAGAACAACGGAGCCGAGAAGUGAUGCUGCUAUCUCUGGAGAAAGGAAUGUUAAAGAUACGGAAUCGGUGAAGACGCCCAGUGGAGGAGACCAAAGUGACGGCGGUGAUUCCUUGGAGGUUUUGCAGGUGAGCGACAGUGAAGCCGAAACGGAAGCGGAGAAAGCGGAUGUGGCUCAGACAGAGGAUACGAUGGAUACGCAGGGCACCAGCGCCAAAGAGGCUGACUCGGAAGAGGAUUUGGAGAUGUUUCCCAAUUCCCAGAGUAAGCCGUUGCUGUGGAGUGUUCCUGCCGUCCCUCGGAAACUAUGA